AUGCCGGUUAUACAUCGUUACGCGCGGUCUCACUGCCUGGGAGCUACUGGCUGUGCCUCCUUGUUGCCUUCCUCACCACCACCACCACCACCACCACCACCGUCGUCGCCGCCGCCGCCGCCGCCGCCGCCACCAUCACUACCACCACCACCACCCCCGCUCCGCGGGAGCGUGAUACAGGGACGUCUCUAUUCCCGAAGAAUAAAGCCUAGCUGGGAUCGUUAUGUCGAUGGAAAAUUCCGCUUGAUAUAUCCUCAAGGCGACGAAAUGUCUUGGGUCGAUACUGUAUACUCUUACCCCUUACUCCGAGCCGGCUGUUCACGACCGGAGCACCGACCAUGGAAUGAGCCGAAUAGGAGGAGUAGAGAUAGAUAAAGAGUGAGUGAGUGAGUGAGCGAGCGAUUGAGUGUGUGUAAGAGAGAGCGAGAGAGAGAGAGAGAGAGAGAGAGAGACUGGUGAUGAGAAAGAGAAGAGAGGAGGGAAGGGGAGGUAAUACAGAGCGAAAGAGUAAGAGAGAGAGCGAGAGAGAGAGAGAGAGAGAAGAUAACGGGGGGAGGGGAAAUACAACCUGUAUAUAUGCAUACUCGCGUAUACGUACACGUAUAUACACCGUAUAUACACCGAAGGUAAAUUCAAUUAUAAUGGCGUCAAACGGCGUACCAUGUUUGGAUGAUUUUGUUAUUACCAUUCGUAUCUGAAACGUAUCAUAUCGUAUCUCUUACAAUCGUAUAAUCUUUUUUGUAUGAUGGAAGAAGAAAGAGAAAAGAAAAGAAAAAAAGAAAGGAAACAUAAAAAAAAAAAAAAGAAAUAAAAAAGAAAGAAAGAAAAGAAAAGAAAAGAAAAUAAAUAUAAAAUAAAGCGUAUCAGAAAUGAUUCUAUUAUGGCGUCGUCUACACGUACCUUACUUACACGAAUAGCAUCCGUACAAUACGGCUCUUGCUAAUGCCACAAUGAAAAAAAAAAAGUCGGUAAAAGAUUGUCGGUCGUGCUGGCACUUUUAUACCGAUUUUACAUUUACUGCGUCACGACUCUAGAAUAGUCGUGUUAAUGUGUCUUCGUAACUAGUUUAUUUGUUUGAAAAAGAUAAAGAGAGAGUGAGAGAGAGAGAGAGAGAGAGAGAGAGAGAGAGAGAGAAAG